CUUGAAAAUGCUGGGAACCACGGAAGACGGGGAAUGGCUUUUGUGGCGAGUAAGAGCGAGUGGGAGACGGAGCAGAGAGCGGCAGAGGCAAGUGAUCUUGUUGCUUGUGUGCGUUUGCGUGUGUCAGAGCGGGGCCGAACCCCUCCGCUAUUCCCUGGCGGAGGAGAUGGAGAGGGACUCCUUUGUGGCCAAUAUUGCAGAGGACCUGGGGCUUUCUCCGAGCCAGCUGGCGGCUCGCAAGGCGCGCGUUGUGUCCGAGGGGAACGAGCGGCUUUUCCACCUCAAUCGAAACACGGGAGUGCUGACGGCAAAGGAAUCGCUGGACAGAGAAGAGAUGUGUCCACAGAGCGACACCUGCACUGUGUUUUUUAAGAUAGUCUUUGAAAAUCCCUUGCAGUUGAUCCGAGGGGAGGUGGAAGUUCGUGACGUCAACGACAACUCCCCCGUCUUCCCGGAGAAGCAGAUGGUUUUAGAGAUUCCUGAAACGACAUCACCUGGAUCUCGUUUCCCUCUGCAAAGCGCGAGCGACAAGGACGUGGGCAGCAACGGUUUGCAGAACUAUAGCCUUGGGACAAAUUGGUAUUUCUCCCUCGAUGUUGGAACAGAGAAAGAUCAAGUAAGUUAUGUGGACCUCGUUCUAGAUCGGCAACUGGAUCGAGAAGAGCAGCCGCAGGUGAAUUUACUGCUCACCGCGACCGACGGGGGCUCCCCACACAGAUCGGGCACGGCUCAGGUCCGGAUCGUGGUGCUGGAUGCCAAUGACAACACCCCGGUCUUUGAUCGGGCGCUGUACGAGGUGCGGCUGGCCGAGAACAGUCCCCCGGGGCAGCUGGUGGUCAGAGUCGCUGCCGCGGAUCCCGACGAAGGGUCCUACGGGAAAGUGCGCUACGGCUUCUCCCAGAUAUCGGAGGGGUCCCGGCAUCUCUUCCAACUGAACCCUGACACUGGGGAGAUCCGAGUGGCGGGCAACGUGGACUUCGAGGAGGUGAAGCACCACAAGAUGAUGGUGAGAGCCACAGACGGCGGAGGACUGUCUGCGCAUUGCAAAGUGCGGGUGGAGGUGCUGGACGUGAACGACAACGCCCCGGAGAUAACGCUCACCUCGCACUCGGCCUCCGUUCCCGAGGACGCGCCGCCCCGCACCGUGGUGGCCCUGUUGAGCGUGCGGGACCGCGACUCCGGCGACAACGGCAGGACGGAGUGCUCGAUCGACGGGGACUUGCCCUUCAGCCUCACCGCCACGGCGGAUCAGUACUACGAGUUGAGGACGACGGCGGCGCUGGACAGGGAGAGGACGGCGGAGUAUAACAUCACGGUGACGGCCGUGGACCGGGGCCGGAGGCGCCUGAGCUCGCGGACCAGCCUCUCCGUGCAGGUGUCGGACGUGAACGACAACGCGCCCGAGUUCACGCAGGAGGUUUACACCGUGUCGGUGUCGGAGAACAACAGCCCCAUGGUGCGCAUCGGCAGCGUGAGCGCCACGGACGCCGACGCGGGAACGAACGGGCGCGUGAGAUACGCGCUGGUGCGGCAGGAGGGCGCGGAGCAGCCCGCGGUGUCGGUGAACGCCGAGAGCGGCGCCGUCUUCCUCCUGCGGCCGCUGGACUACGAGCAGGUGCGCGCCUUGGAGGUGGCGGUGCGCGCUGCCGACGGCGGCUCUCCGCCGCUGAGCGCCCAGGCGGUGCUGCGCGUGGCGGUGCGCGACGAGAACGACAACGCGCCCGUGGUGCUGCACCCGCCCGCCGAGAGCAGCGGCGCGGCGGCGGGCGAGCUGGUGCCGCGCUCGGCCGAGGCCGGCUGCCUGGUGGCCAAGGUGGUGGCGGUGGACGCGGACGCGGGUCAGAACGCGUGGCUGUCGUACGAGCUGUGGAAGGCGACGGAGCCGGGGCUGUUCCGCGUGGGGCUGCACAGCGGCGAGGUGCGCACGGCGCGGGCCGUGGCGGAGCGGGACGCGCCCCGGCACCGGCUCGUCGUGCUGGUGCGAGACCGCGGGCGGCCGCCGCGCUCCGCCACCGCCACCCUCGGCAUCGCCCUGGUCAGCGGCUUCUCCGACGCCCAUUUGCGGGGCGCCGAGGAGGCGCCGGCCGCCGAGCCCGAGGGGCCGCUCACCCUCUACCUCACCGUCUGCCUGGCCUGCGUGUCCGCCCUCUUCCUGGCCACCGCGGGCGCCGCCGUGGCGGCCAAGGUGCGGCGGGCCCGGCGCGGCGCGGCCGACGGCUUGCCCGCCUUCCCGCACUCCGCCCCGACCAGCAGCGCGGGCUCCCUGCCCCGCACCUCCGUCUACGACGUCUGCUUCGCCGCCGGCAGCCUCGACGGAGACUUUCGCUUCCUCGGGCCCCUCCUGCCCUGCUUCCCCGACGGGAUGCCCCCCGGCCCGCCCGAGCAGCGGAGCUCGCUCUGCUCCACAGAGGCGGCCAACCUCGGCGACGGCGGCGACCGGGCUGCAGAGGGCAGAGCUCCCAUCUCCGCAGACACGUCUCGCAGACGGGCGGAAGCAGCUUGCACAGCAAACAAGUGGAAGGAGCUCCUUGGCAAUUCUGAUCCCAACUCUUGUCUCUCCCCUCAGUAAGCGACGGGACAGACGAAACUGUCUGUCACAGGAAACUGUCUGUCACAGGCCAGUCGUCACAGGAAAUGAGAAUGGAGAGAACAAAUACCCACCGAAAAAUGACCAUGGAGGUGCAAAUGCUUGUCUGUGAGAGAGCAAACCCCUUCUCGAGCAAUGUUUUCUUCUUGUAUGUUUUUUGUCAUUCAGACAAGGAUGGAGAAGGAGGAUAGUGUUGAAUGUUGAUUACCGCGAAACUCGGUGUAUGACUGUGAGAGCCCUGCUGCUUCUAAUUAUUAAGGGAAAGAAUGAAACCUGCAAACACAUCUUCAAGAUAGCUCAUUGUUACAUCACCUUUUCUGUGUUUGUUUUUCUUUUGGCGAGGGCUCUGUAAUCACGUCUCAGUUCUCUGCAGUCUGUUCAGUACCAGGCCAAGCAUAUCUUGAUCAAAAUUAAGUGAUACUUGCAAAGCUGUUCCAUAAUAACAAGGCGAUUAUAUCAGAAACGGCUGACAAUGGCUGUCUUUGCACAUUUGACCAGGAGGUUACAGAUCCUCCACACGUACACGCUGUACGUUUUCUUUCAUAUCGUAAAUUUCAACAUAACAGCUCCGGAUUGUUAAGUAUUACGUAGUAGAGAAUUAAAAACAGUUUGCGUUUUCCCAGUGAAACAGGCUAGACUGUUUACAAUAAACUUGAGGCACUAUAGAAGACAGGGCGCUAGAGCAGUAGUAGCAUUUUGAGUAGAUUUUAUGCAGGGAGAUUCAGAGAAACGUCUAAACAGUUUACAACAAAUUUGAGGUAUUGUAGAAGAUAGAACGUUAGAGCAGCAUUCCGUUUUGUUUUCCCUUCCUUAUACGUUAAUGAACAAAUUCACUAAUGUGACAGGUGGGAAGCUGAGGUCUGAGAGAUGCGGCUCAAAGCCCCAUCGCGCCGUCUCGCAGUUUGGAAUCCGGGGGAACAACCUCCGUCCGUUGCAGAAAAAAACCCUAAUUUACAAAGCUUUUGUUUGAACCCUCUGCAGUUGACACUUGAAUGGUGCCUAUAACGGCCCGUCGCUCUGCGCCCUUAUAUCCCUGGGCUUUGCCAUUUUCUUCUGUAGGCUGGUGUUUGUGUAUCUGUGCUCUAAUUAGUGACCUCUCCUGUUCGUUUCCUUGCAUUUUAAAUUAAAGAGCUGUGGCCUUGCAUCCUUAGCCAGACGCAGGAAUUCAGGUCUGGUCUCUGACCACAGGUAUCUUUACACCCUUCCAAGCCGUCCGGGAGCCCCGCGAGGAUCACGGAGCGUCCGGCUCGGCGAGAGGGCAGCGCGCUGGCGGUGCGGGU